AUGUUCGCUAGAUUGACCUCCAGAAACGUCUGGCCGCUUGUUGGCGCCGUUGGUGCCGUUGGUGCCGUUGGCUUGGCUUACCGCUUGAACAACCCUAUUUUGAACGAUACCGGUAAGACUUUCACCGGUGGCGACGAAUGGAUCGACUUGAAGUUGAAGGAGGCUCGCCAGGUUUCUCCUGACUCCAAGCACUACGUGUUUGAGCUUAAGGACCCUGAGCACACUUCCGGUUUGGUCACCGCCUCUUGUUUGAUGGCAAAGUACGUCACUGAAAAGGGCAACAAUGUCAUCAGACCUUACACUCCAAUCUCGGACUCUGACCAGCAGGGUACUCUUGAUUUCGUGAUCAAGACCUACGAAACCGGUAAGUUUUCCAAGCACUUCUGGAACUUGAAGCCUAACGACACUGUUUCCUUCAAGGGUCCAGUUGUCAAGUGGAAGUGGGACCCUAACCAGUUUGAGAAGAUCUCUUUGAUUGGCGGUGGUUCCGGUAUCACUCCAUUGUACCACUUGCUCAGUGAAAUCGCCAGAAACCCAGAGGACAAGACCAAGGUCGACUUGUACUACGCUUCCACCAGUAUCCCAGACAUCUUGUUGAAGAAGGAGAUUGACGAGCUUGCCAACAAGCACAAGGACCAGAUCAAGGUCCACUACUUUGUUGACAAGCCAGACGAAGGAUGGGAGGGCCAGACCGGUUACAUCGGCAAGGACUUCUUGAAGGAACACUUGCCUCCUCCAUCCAAGGACUCCAAGAUCUUUGUUUGCGGUCCUCCACCAAUGUACAAGGCUCUUUCGGGUAUGAAGAACUCUCCUACCGACCAGGGUGAGAUCACCGGUGCUUUGGCUGAGUUGGGCUACAACAACGACCACGUGUUUAAGUUCUAA